UCCAGAUUACGAUUGUUUCAUGAUGAUUGUGAAGAAAAUAACUAUUUCAUCUUCUGUUUAAAUCAACAAAAAAUACAUUUUAAGAAAAAUGGCAGGCCUAGAAGAUCUAGGAAUCCCGGGAGGCGACUAUUUACAAGAAUCACUGACUAAUUGUUCCGAUCCUCUUCAAGCAAUCGAAGAAUUCCAGACGGAAAAUGGUAUCCUGCUGCCCUCACUGCGACCAGCUCUCCCAUUUCUGGAUUUGCAUGAAUUCAAAAGACUUGAUUUCCAUAACUCAGUGUUGGAAGAGCUUAGAGAUAAACUUGUCCAACGGAUCUCAGAACUCGCCGAUAGUGAUGACGAAAAACGAUUUGAAAAAUUGGAAUCACUGCUUACGAAAAGUUUUCCUGUAGUUAAAGUGAAAACACUACGACCAGUUGUUAUGGCACUUUUGAAACAUUUGCCAAAGAUCGAUGAAGAUUAUCUUCGAAAAAUUCUAGAUGAUAAAGAAUUGUAUGCAGAAGCAGCUACUGAAGUGAAGAGACAAAUUUGGCAAGACAAUCAAGCAUUGUUUGGAGAUGAAGUGUCACCGCUUCUAUCACAGUAUAUCAAGGAGAAAGAAAGUGCACUGUUUGGGCAUGAACAUGCUUCACUGACAUUUUUUUUACCAUCUCCAAGAGUGAGACGGCAAAGUGAAGUGGUACAAAAAUUGUCACACAUGGUUGGAAAAAACGUGAAACUUUAUGACAUGGUUCUACAAUUUCUCAGAACUUUGUUUUUAAGGACAAGAAACACUCACUACUGUACCUUGAGAGCAGAACUUUUAAUGGCUCUUCAUGACCAUGAGGUCAAUGAAAUUUGUGCCUUAGAUCCGUGUCACAAAUUUACAUGGUGUGUUGAUGCAUGUAUCAGAGAUCGCUUCAUUGAUUCCAAGAGAUCCAGGGAAUUGCAAGGUUUCCUAGAUGGGAUACGAAAAGAUCAUGAAUUUGUGCUUGGAGACCUUUCUAUGAUCCUUUGUGACCCAUUUGCACUCAACACUGUAGCAUUAUCCAUGAUGAAGAACUUACAACAUUGUGUUAACAAUGAAGUCAUGCCAAGGGAUAGUACUGACAUUGUGCUACUGGUACGGAUGAUGGCCUUGGGGCUUGGAGCAUGGGACAUGAUCGACAGUCAGUUAUUCAGGGAGCCCAAGCUGGAUGUGCCAAUAUUCACAAAAUACCUACCAAAUAUUUUGUCUAUGAUGGUGGAGGACCACACUAGGAGUAUAUGUUCUCGGAUCCCAGAUGAGCCUCAGCCCACACUGAAACAGCCAUCUGAGUUAUAUGCUACAUUUAUCAAAAGCAACAGCAUUGCAAGUCUAGUGGCUAUGUACUACACAGCACAGGCAAGCCGAAGUCGUGACAAAUUUGCCUUGUGUCAGAUCCUACCAACGCUCAUCCACUGUGAGAAUGAGAGAGCAUCAGAGGACACCUUCCUUCACACCAUCAUCUCAUAUCUUAUUCCCAUGGCAGAGGAUUUCACACAGGAGGACAUGUGUGUUGUAGUGUUUGAUGAUUUUAUACUGCCAUCAAUAUCAAAAGAAAACAUGAUGAGACACUUACUGCGACUAUUAUGGCACAUCCACCAUAAGCUACCCCCAGCACGCCUUGAGGCUCUCAUGCAGUCCACCGCCCCAAACAAUGAGCAUAGUGAAGCUGUUCAUAUGACCUACCAACUACUUGCGGAUAAGAUUUCCUCUUAUGAACCAAGUCCAGCAACUCCACCAGAACAGCUUGACUCGCCACUGAUGAGUGUCCCUGCCCCUACCCCAGCUCCUUAUUAAUGUUGAAUUCCAGGACUAUUAAGAAACAGAUGUUUUGUGUCAUUUACAAGGCAAACUGUGGACCAAUAUCAAAAUCAGACCAAUAAUGUCAUUUUCUAUCAUUUUCUUGAUUUCGUCUUGUUUAAUGUUUCAUUGAUCAAAUAAAGUUUCGUUGUACAUAUACAUUGCCAAAUUCUACCUAGAAGUAUGAGGGAUCUGAUGCAAAGUUCAGUCUCCAAGAAUUUUUUUUAAAAACUAAAGAAAUAAAACUGAUUAAUGUUCAACAGUUGUGUCCUUGCAUUAUAGGAGGCUGUGUCACUGAAAUUGAAGUAUGUUUUUAUUGUGAGUUUAUCAUUAACAUCAAAGUGACGAUCAAAAGAUAAAAGUUCUGUGGAUGUUAAACAGCCUGAGUUCAAUGGACAUUACAACCUAAUGCAUGCAUCUUGUCCGAUCUGAUCCAAUACAUACCUUGUGCUCAGACAGACUGCAAAAUCCAUCGGAUAUCUGUUCCUGUGAAUGGGAAUGCUUCCUAUCCUAUGUCAAGAAGAAUGUGUCCUUUAUGAAUAUAGCUGGUAAAAUGAUAAUCCAACAAGCAUUUAAAUCAGGUUGUGAUAUUUCUAUAUAAAGACAAGUGGGAUAAAAUGAAGCAAUAUGAUUGGGUGUCAAGGAAACCUGGUGGAUUACAUGUCAAUUCUGUUUCUUUAAUGACAUGAUUUAUAAAAAGGUAGUGAGGUGUUUUUGGUACAUGUGAUAUGUGAAAUGCUAUAAAUCUUAGAUUUAGUGUUGAGUUUCAACAUGUAUUGAAAUAAACGUCUUAACAACA